AUGCCGACGUUUCAAAACAAUCCUCUGAAAUCGAAUUCUGCCCAUGUUCUUCUGCGGAAACAUCCGGCUCUGUUCGGUAUCCCGUUCGUGCUCAUCAUAGUUGGUGCUUCGUUUGGCAUGCAAAGCUUCGUCCAGACGCGGUACGACUUGCAAGACCAGAAAAUACAGAACGUGACGAAAGAGCAGGAACUUGGGCUCGCGAAGAACAGGAGGAAGGUCGAUAUUCGGGAAGAAUACUACCGGCUCAGCGCUGCUCAGGACGAUGUUUGGGAGAACAAGCGCAUUCCACGACCGGCCGGCCUGCCGGAGUGGGGUGUACCACCUACAGAACCACCGCCGAAGCCCUCCUCGACUUAA